CUCGUGUGUAACCAGCUGCUCCGUCAAAGUGGAAAGUAGAAAUGCAUUUGACAAUAAGCGCACACGCAGCCCAAUCCUGUCUCUGACAAUGAGUCACGUAAACGCUACAAUUCCACAAAUAUUUGUAGGAAAGCAAUGCCUGAGACUCUCUGUACGGGUUAUUAGAGUCCAGCUAGUAUAGUUAGACGCUAGGAAGCCUCAUAUACUAGACUUCUAUUAUUACACUGGGUCGCUGGCUUAGACUCAGUUGGUGUUGGCUCCCUGAACCGUGAGAACACCUGAGAGAACGCGUACGCCGGCGAUCCGCACCGCGCUCAGUCGUCUUCGAGAUCGUCGAACCGCUCGUGCCCGCUGCUCGCCACUUCCGUUUGUGCCUUUCUCUUCUCCGGAUACCAGCCUCCCUUUUAACUGGCCUCUGUACACGUGAACUUAGUGGAUAACACUCGCCACGAUGCCCUACUACGGCGAUGGUCUGCCCUAUUAUUACGGGGGACCGUUCUCCAAUCACAGUUCUUUGAUGACUGGCGCUCCACGACCGCUCCAUUCGCCGUUGUCCCGAUACUCGCCGCACCUGUCGACCAUCUCCGAGUCCCCGUUGUCCAGCCUGCGUCGUUACUCGCCGGUGGCGGUGGUCAGCCGGCACAGGCGCGUCAUCGACACCGCGGACAUCGACGUCUCGACGCCGAGGAUCCUCGGUCAGGAGAGCGGUGGUCACCAGAAGGGCCGGCUGCGUCGCGACAGGCCCACCAUCAAGAUCAGGAGCCAAGCGCUGAAGGACAAUCCCGCGCUGCGCCAGCACAACGAGAGACACGAGAGGUCUGUGGGUGAGCUGCUGGUGGAGAAGUUCCUGAUCAAGGACAAGAAACCCGACGAGACGGAGAAACUUGCAAGCUUGCAGCUGCUGCGUCAGGUCAGCGUGGACACGAGCGAUGAGCAAGACAGCGACAAGGAUCUGUCGCAACAGGCGAAGAGCAAGAUCACAAGACGGUUCACGAGGCGGAGGUCGUCCGCGGACAUUCAGUUGGAUCCUGAACAGAUAGAGAGGGAGGUGGCUUACGCUCAGGUCCAGGCGAAGGUGUUGGACACCCUGGUCGCCGAAGAGCAGGCUGAGAUCGAGAACGAGGUUCGUAGGGGGACGUUGAUAAGGAAAGGGGCCCCGCCCGGCGGGCCGAGGACCGUUCCCAGAUUCUUCAGGAGCGACGGCGAGUCCGUGUCUCAAGGCGAGGAGGAGGCCAGCGCGCAGAAGGUGAGGAAGACGUUGAAGAAGGUGAAGAAGAAAAGGAGGACCACCGAGAAGCCUUCGCCGCCGAUCGAGGAGGGUGAGAAUCUGAGAGAACCCGGCUCCAGCAGCGACGUCUCCGCGGACGUUCAAACGAGCGAGAACGACGAGGAGGAGAUCCGUAAGCGUUCUCAGAUGUUCAAGGUCGAAGCCAGUAACAGCGUCGGUGACUUCUCUACCAUUUGGGUGAACAGCCCUGCGGAGCAGUUUCGGGAGAGCGUGAAGAUUCCUGUUCCCAAGAAAUUACCAGCACGCAACGGGCAAGAGGUUAAGGAAGAGUCUGAGACGGAGGUGGUGUUACCUGUGAAGAGACCUUACGUGAAGGACACGUCGAGGAACAGCGUCUACUUCACGGUGAAAACGCCACCAGAGGCCACGAAGAACGACCCUCUGAACAAUUUAGAAGUCGUCGCCGACAGAACGAAAGUGUCCCCGAAAGGUGAAAUGAUGGAUCAGAUCUCGUCUGCGGACACCACCGAGCCAGGAUCUCCUAAAGACAAAACAGUCAGUCAGAUCUUGUCUAAGAAAACGUUAGACUCUCCGAAAGAAAGUAAAGCGGGUGUCAAGGAUACAAACCUGAAGAAUGAAACCUCAAAGGAUGAAACCGUGCCGAAACGGAAGAAAGAAACGAUACAGAAGAAGCUGGAGUUUCUGGAUGAAAGGUGCUCCCCGCAGUCCCCGGUGUCUUCCGUCGUCGAUGCGCCGGCGAACACAAGGGUCAAAGAGACCAACGCGACGCUAACAAGCGAUGACCUAUUGGCGAGCGAAAGCAGCGCCAGUGGAGCGCUUCCAUCGGUCGCGGACAGCCUGCCAAAAGCGUCUAAAAUUAAUACGGAUGAAAAUAAUGCCGUAGAAGCGCCAAAGCGUACGUUGUUACGAGAACCGCAGUAUCUGGCAAAGACGACGCCGACGAAAACCGAGGACGUCGUCUCUCCGUUGUCGGGGAGGAAGGUGGACAAAGCCGCGACCUUGGGGAACGCCUCCGCAGCGGGUGUCCGUGGUGAAACGGUGAACGUGGAUCGGCCGAAGGAUCUCGCGAAGAAAGGCGACUCGUCGACGAAAACUUCCUCGUCCAUUGAGGACGCAAAUAACAAUCUCGCGAGCAAACCGACCUUGUCAGAGGGUAACGCGCAAAAGGCGGAAAAAGCUUCUGGAGGAAUUGUCGAAAAGCGCGCGAAGGAGGAUGUCAAGGAUACAAAGGUGAAGGGGGUGUUCUCGAGUUUUGAGAAGAUGGUGAAGAAAGAGGACGAGGAGAUGCCCGUCAGCGUGACGACAACGAGAAAGACCGAGGCGAACAAAUGCAACUUGCAGAGUGCGAACAAAGAGCCCAGAAUCCCGUGGAGAACGAGAGCGGAGCAACCAACAGACUCGAAAUCUUCGAAGCAAUCAGCGCUGUCCGCCGAUGAGAUGGCGAGUACGCCGGCGGUGAACGGAAGCUUGUCUAAAAGCACGUCCAGCGAGUCUAUUGACUUCUGGAGCGAGAUCAAAGGGCCGGAGAGCCCGCAAGUGACGAAAGAAGUGAAUCCCGACAAGGGAUUCUGUUUCGCGGCUGGUACGAAGAGCUCGGUGCCGGGUCAGGCGGUCGAGGACCUCGCCGGCAGUCAGCUGGACAAGAAAAAACAGACUGAUUCUAAAAUAAGCGUCGCCGCUCCGCCGCCAGCUGAGCUCAGUAACAUCCCCGUAAUCGAGGAGGAGAAUCCGUCGAAAUCCGAGACCGAGCGGACAAUAUCCAGUAGCGAAGCGGCUCCGGCGAAGUUGGAAUCUGACAAAGUUGACACGGCGCCAAAGAAGGGAUUGAAGAAGAAGAAGAACCUGUCUGUAAUCAUCGAUCCAAUUCAGAAUGCGUACUCGACGGUGAAGAGGACUCCCUUCAAGAGAGAAGAUUCCACGGCGUCGACUGUUUCUUACAAAUCAGUGACCAGCACCCCAGACACCUCUGUCCCGGCUUCCGAGGUCUCCACACCGGUCGCAGAGAUCCCCGUGCCUGUGAUAAACAUCGAGGAGGCGUCCACCACGCCGAUUAAACCCGACUCCGAGGCUCUGAACGAGGAGGACGAGCCCAAGACGCCGACCAACGAUUGGCAGGACGUUAAACUGUCGAAGAUCAGCAAGUGGGACAAUCACAGUGACCUUUCGAACGUCGAGGCCGAGCAGGAGAUCACCCCGGUGCCUUCCAAGGAGGUCAGCGUCGCUUGCAGCCCGGAGGACACCCCGGAAUCGUCCAAAAAGAAGAAGAUCGCCAGGAAGAAGAAAGCAUCCACUACCAAGAAAAGUUCUACAAAGAAGGACAGCAACAAAGACAGCAAGGGAUCCAAGAAGAGCUCUACCAAGAAGAGCUCCGCCAAGAAGACACCCGCCAAGAGCCAGGAAGCCCCGAAGCCUCCGGAGGCGAAGAUCUCUGGCAAAGCCAGGCAAGAGAACAAGAACGCACCCGCCCCGAGGCCCAUCGAUCUCAUCAGAAUGUUUUACACCACACCGUCGGCGUUGCUAACCGCCACACCCAGGGACUUGUCGAAAGUUCGCCGCGCGAAAAUCAAGAGGAGGAAACAUCACUCCAGGACGCCGUCUGUGAGCAGCGACAGCACCGGAAGCACCACCAGCACAGCGACCACCGAGAGCAGCGGAUCCAUGGAGCUCGACGACGACCCGGAACACAAGAGGAUGAACUCCACCAGGAGCAACGACUCCGGCUUCGACGGCUCGCCAAGGAUAUCCACACCCUCGCAAUCGUCGGACACCCAGAGGAACUCAGACUCCUCGGACCAUUUCCCCAGUGGGAGGAUUACACCACCGGCCACCAAUCUUCCAAGAUUCAAGAAGUACACGGUGACGGACUUCAAUUUCCUAAAAGUUCUAGGAAAAGGCAGCUUUGGCAAGGUGUUGCUGGCGGAGCUACGGGGCACCGAGUGCGUUUACGCGAUAAAGUGCCUGAAGAAGGACGUGGUUCUCGAAGACGACGACGUAGAAUGCACCCUGAUCGAGAGAAAGGUCUUGACCCUAGCCACGAGGCAUCCGUACCUCUGUCACCUGUUUUGCACCUUCCAGACAGACUCCCAUUUGUUCUUCGUGAUGGAGUAUCUGAACGGCGGCGACUUGAUGUUUCACAUUCAAAAAUCGGGCCGUUUCCCGGAACCAAGAGCUCGGUUCUACGCGGCGGAGAUCUGGUCCGGCUUGAACUUCUUGCACAAGAAGGGAAUAGUGUACAGAGAUUUGAAGUUGGACAAUGUGCUGCUGGAUUUCGAGGGGCACAUCAGAAUAGCCGAUUUCGGCAUGUGUAAACUGCAAAUUUUCCUCGACAGAACCGCCGACACCUUCUGUGGCACGCCUGAUUACAUGGCUCCCGAGAUCAUAAAGGGACUGAAAUACAAUCAGGCGGUGGACUGGUGGUCGUACGGCGUGCUUCUGUACGAGAUGCUCACGGGACAGUCGCCAUUCUCCGGCUGCGACGAAGAUGAGCUAUUUUGGAGUAUAUGCAACGAAAGGCCGUUUAUACCUCGUUACCUGAGCCAAGAUUCCAGCGACAUAUUGAUCGCCCUUCUGGAGAAGGACUCUGGCAAAAGGCUGGCUGGUCAUGAAAUCGCGACGCACUCCUUCUUUGAAUCGUUGCAGUGGGACAGGUUGGAAAGAAGGCAGUUAGAACCACCUUUCAAGCCGGCCCUGGACCACACUCUGGACACGAGGUACUUCGACACAGCGUUCACCGCUGAGAGGCCACGACUGACUCCUGUACCUGAUCAGAUCCUCACCUCCAUGGACCAGGGUGUCUUCCGUGGAUUCUCCUACACGAAUCCAAACGCAACAGACUGAAGAAACCGCGAAGAACCACCACGUGCGCACGACUUCGCAGCUUUGCACGUUGAUCUGUCAUUCAACGUGAUGUUCUUUGUCUUACGAUGUUGAUGGUCCUGAUGAUUGGAUGCCUGAAGGUUGAUUCGAACGAUAUGAACAUAAGUUGGUCACACUCGUUUCGAGUUGGAGGCUGCACGUUACUCGGAGGUCUAUCAGGACGGACUGAGUUGACUGAGACUCAAUCAGGUCAUUGAGCGCGACGUCAUAUUCGUCGAAGAAGAGGUUCUAGCGAGCGAUUCCAGCAAGAGUCGAAUGUUCCUGAAUCGCUUCCGGUGAUAAACAUUAGGUUUUUAUAAUGUAGAGGCUGUACUCCGUUGAUAGAACUACUUAGAUUAGCCAUCCGUGGAACUCGAACGAGAUGUCACUGUUCACAGGCUCUGAUUUCGUUUUGAUGCCACGUUUCGUUUCUUUUCUUUUCUUUUCUUUUUUUUU